AUGGACCCUCGUGAGGGCGAGGACAAGGCCUCAAAAAAGAACAUACAGUCCAAGUUUUUUUAUUUCUUGACCAUCACGAAUCUGCUAUUACUAUCUGCUCUAUAUUCAACAGCUUACAUCAGACUUCUGAGCUUACCUUCUAAUGGGUGCUCCGAAAGUUCUCGGUCCAAGCGCUCUUCCCGUGCUAAAGAACUGCCAACAGAUCUUGAAGAUUACACGAUUAUCAUAGGACAGGAUACCAUCAUACCUAAAACUAUUCUCGAAAAAUCAUGUUCUCGUGUUCAUCGUUACUGCGCUGACGAAGGAAUGAAGUUGAUGGGUUUUCAGGGACCCAGAGGUGACUCUGGGCCACCUGGGCCUGUUGGACCUCCUGGACGACGAGGUCCGAUGGGGAAUGUAGGGCCGUCUGGAUUAGUCGGGGAUGCCGGAGAAAUCGGAGCACCUGGCCUAGCAGGAAAAUGUAAUUGUUCAUUUCCCGACAUGUAUGUUCAUCGCGUGCCCAUCCCUGGUCCUCCUGUCAUUCAAAUAGAGGAAAAAAUGGUGCCAGUACCUGUUGUAGUUGUCAAGGAAGUCGAAGUGACUAGGCUCGUUCCGUUUGAACCGACACCUCCCGGCUUUGGACCACCACCCGGUUGGUCACCCGGUAUGCCCAGGCCUGAUCUUGCACGAACACGAAAACUGCCACGUUUCUCUACCAUCCCAACACCAGUCCCAACUAAGAAACGUCGAACAACAACUGUAUCUCCAUUCGACCAACCACAAAUAAAUGAAAAUGGAACACUGUUCGGUAAUAUGACGGAAACGUUCAACAGUAAUAUCACUACUCUUCCACCCUAUACGGGUCCUCCAACUCUGGGUUCUAACAAUCGAGAUUGCUUAUUGGCCGCAGUUGGUAUUCCCGUUUUACAUGCCGAAUCACAAUAUGGAAAAGUAGGCUCUUGGAUGAGGGAUUCACAUCCAUCGUCGGCUGCCAUGUCGGAGAAGCGUUGGGUAACAGACGGCUUCGCCUCUCCUGUACUCUAUGAGUAUGAAAAUGAGAAACAAAUGAUGAACAAAGUACAGAAGAUAAAAUACUAUGUUGAUUAUUUGGCAUCGGGGACAGGAAAUCUAAUUUAUAACGGUUCCUAUUAUUACCAUAAGCAUGGUACGACUUCAUUAGUGCGAUAUGAUCUCGAUACAACAGACCAAAUUGAAGCAGAAUUGGGAGACAUUGCUCACAUAGAUUGUGGUCGUCUUCCUGACCACACAUUUGAGUUUUGCAACGCAUCUGACCGUCACCCUUGGCUCUACAAUCGAGCUCACAACUAUGUUGAUUUUGCAGUGGAUGAGAAUGGAAUCUGGGUUAUAUAUAUGCGUGAGGAAUCUGAAGCUCUUAUGGUCAGCAAAAUUGAACAGAAUUUCCAUGUAGUACAAACGUGGGAAGUAUCUGAAGUUAACGGAACAGAAAUAUCUGAUGCAUUCAUCAUGUGUGGUGUACUAUAUGGCUUAAAAAGCGCAACAGACCGCGAUACGUAUAUAUCGUUUGCUUAUGAUCUUUAUAGGAAUGAGUCGAUACCUGGCCAAGUAUCCUGGUACAAUCCUUAUCGUGGAUUGACAAUGCUACAUUUCAAUCCUGUUGAUAAUCGUCUGUAUUUCUUUGAUGAUCGUCGUUUAUUAUCGGUAAAUGUGCGUUUCGAAGAAAAUGAUUCCGAUUACGCGGACUAA